CCUCUCUGCACAUCCUCUCAGCCGAAGCCCUGAUCAGCAUCACUUCUCCGUUCUCAGUUUGUCCACAGAUUACAAGAAAAGACCCAAGAAGUGAAGGAAAAACAUUCAAUUUCAUCAGAAGCACAACUUGCCAUCGAUUGGAGAGAGGGAAUUCCAGCGGCAGGCGCCGUUGAGUUAAAGCUUGUGCCUGGCUGUAGAUUGUAGCGAUGAGUCGGCGGGAGGCGUUAGUGGGGAACCCGGUGGCGAGUGCUGCUCCAGAGGUUCGGGUCAACAGCACUGAGUCGUCCUCUCCUGGAGCGGCCCGGCCCAAAGAUGAGGAUUUCUCUAAACUUAAGGACAAGUUCCUUAAUGAACUCAACAAAAUCCCAUUGCCAUCAUGGGCCAUUGUGGCUAUUGCGUUUGUGGCUGUGGUUCUUGUUAUGUCCUGCUGCUUCUGCAUCUGCAAAAAGUGGAUAUUCAAGAAGAAGAACAAGAAAAAGGGCAAGGACAAGGGCAAGAAUGCCAUCAACAUGAAAGAUGUGAUAGACGGAGCCAAGACGGAGGCUCUGAAGGAUGAAGACGAAGUGGAGACUGGACUUUCAGAGGGAGAAAAGGAAGUCGAGCCUAAGGAACAAGAAAAGCUGGGCAAAUUACAAUACUCACUGGAUUACAAUUUCACAGAGAACACGCUCAUCGUGGGGAUCAUCCAGGCCGCCGAGCUCCCUGCCAUGGACAUGGGCGGGACCUCCGACCCCUACGUGAAGGUUUACCUCCUGCCCGACAAGAAGAAGAAGUUUGAGACAAAAGUGCACAGGAAGACACUAAACCCCACCUUCAACGAGCAGUUCACUUUCAAGGUUCCCUACACAGAGCUGGGAGGAAAGACGCUGGUGAUGACAGUGUACGAUUUCGACCGCUUCUCCAAACACGACGCCAUCGGAGACGUUAAAGUGCCAAUGAACAAAGUGGACUUCAGUCAUGUGACUGAGGAGUGGCGGGAUCUCCAGAGUGCUGAGAAAGAGGAACAAGAGAAGCUGGGUGAUAUCUGUUUCUCUCUGCGAUACGUUCCCACCGCCGGCAAACUGACCGUCGUCGUCCUGGAGGCCAAAAACCUGAAGAAGAUGGACGUUGGUGGUCUUUCAGACCCAUAUGUGAAAAUCCAUCUGAUGCAGAAUGGUAAACGUCUGAAGAAGAAAAAGACGACAAUCAAAAAGAACACCCUGAACCCCUACUACAACGAGUCCUUCAGUUUCGAAGUGCCAUUUGAACAAAUCCAGAAAGUUCAAAUCGUUAUAACCGUUCUGGACUAUGACAAGAUCGGCAAAAACGAUGCUAUCGGUAAAGUUUUCGUAGGGCUGAACAGCACAGGCACCGAGCUCCGUCACUGGUCGGAUAUGUUGGCCAACCCACGGAGACCCAUCGCCCAGUGGCACGUGCUCAAGCCGGAGGAAGAAGUGGACGCCCAGCUGUCCAUGAAAAAAUAAAGCUCUGCCCCCUUUAGCCAUUAACCCCGCCCCUUUUAGUGGUCCUAACCCAGUGCGUGUACAUACCUCAGUGAUGUAUGGAUCCUUUAAACCCUCUUAAAUCUUCUCCUUCUUCUUGUCUGGCAAUGAAACACCUUCUUUUAUAAUAGUCGUCGGUAUUUUGAACCGCCCAAUUGCCCCAACACACACACACACACACACACACACAAACACAAACACAAACACACAAACACCCCUCAAGAAUAGUGUUGUGUAACAUUCCUUCCUAUCUUCGCCUGCUUUUUUGACCAUCAUCUAUCAUGACCUUUAACCCCUUAAACCCUUCUUUUAAGCAAUAUGAUCUGUGUAGAUAGCGCAUGAAUGGAAAAAAACGUGUACUACAGGUGUAUAUAUCCGUAUGCAGACAAAAAAAUGAUGAUUUCUAGUUUGUGUUUGUAUGUUGUUACCUGUUUCCUAAUCUGUGUAUAUCUUGAUGUUUUUACUAAGAUAUUCUAUUUUAAAUGAUGUAAAUGCAGAUAUAGCAGAGCCAAUAUUAUAUAUAAUAUACAGCAGGAUUUACCAUAUCUAUCUUAUUGCAUUCCAGUUACAUAUAUACAUAUAUAUUUCUAGAAUAUAUAUGGAUAUAUAUCUAUCUAAAUGUAUAUGUAUAUUUGAAAGAAUUUGAACCUGCAAGGUGCGAGUUAAGGGGUAUUUACAAUCUCGAAAAAGAAAAACUACUUUCCAAACUCUUUGGCUUGAAGAAUUAUUAGUACUACGAACAGAGAACAUGGAAAAACCCCAUAUAAAAUGAAAUAAUGUAAUAUGUAUGUAGAACAUCUUCAGUAUAUUACAUUUUUGUAUGGAAAUAUAGGCCAUUAACUGAUAUGGUUCAGUCGGUAAAAUAUGCAGGAAGUUCUACAAGCACAUGAGUUUUUAAACUUUUUUUCGGUUCUCUUUGCAUUUUUUUUUUUAUUAUUAUAUAAUCAGCUCCUCAAUUUCCUCCGAUCUGAACCUUAUAUUUUGUCCCGAAGCCCCAGCAUGAGCGACUCAAUCCCCGCAACCGUUUAAUCCUCGAUGCUUUACCUUACUGUUCAUUUCUUUAUCAUAUUAACGGGAGAAUUCGUUACGUUUCUUAAAUGACUCUAGCUUUGAAAAUAAUAUUUUUUGUAAUUGCAUGUUUUUUUUAUUUUAUUUCUACUUUCUUCUACACCGUCAGGCCUUUAGUCGUAAAAAAAGAAAUUUAAAAAAUUAUGCGUUUUUUAUCGAACUGAUGCUGAUUUCUUCAGAUAAGUCAGUAUGUGAUAAUAAUAUACUGACUCUAAGAGACAAGCUUUUAAACACUGCCAUUAUUUUCAGGGAGGUGAGAAACGUAUGUGACUUUCUCCUCAUGCACACGCUCCACUUAGUGGCUGUAGCUUUUGGUUCUUUGGGAACAAGUAACCAUUUCUUUGGCCUUGAAGGUGCAAAAUUUAUUUUUUUUUACUUUUCUUUGCCAGUGACAAUAGCCUUAGCCAUGCUUUUACUGCCAGUCUCCUUUACAAAAUGGCUACUGUUUUGCACUGUACUUUAAAACAACGAUGACAAAAAAAAAGAAAAUGUUCAAUGAUAAUUGUUUUUUUUUGUUUUUUUUUUUGUUUUUUUUUUUGGGUGAGUUUGGAGAAAAUUCCUAGUUGAGAGUCACUUUAUUCAGUAUUUAGUCCAAAAGUUUUAACUGAGCAUUUAAAUAAAUAAAAAUGUUCAGUUUUAAACAUUAACUUAUCUUAAAAGAAACAAAACCCCAAGAAGUUACCGUAAAAGUUAAUGGUCUGCAGAGGUGAUUUAUUUUUUUUUUCUUCAGCCAAUAUUGUCUUUUAUUACAGGUCUAUCAUGGAAAAACACUUUCACACAAAUUUUUGGAAAAAGGUUAAAUUAACAAAACAAAGCGAUCAGAAUGUUUGUUAUUAACUCGGAUAUCAGGUGGUCAUGACAGGACGUGUAAAUUCUGUACAUAUUUAAGGUUGCCAUCAGCUAAUCUGUUAAAGCUUCCUCCGUUUGUUCCUCCCCAAAUAAUUCAACAAAUUUUUUUUAAUAGGUUCAGGAUAAACAGGUUUAAAAAGGUUAAUUAGGAACAACAUUUUAGGCCGUACAGUUUAGUUUUUUCCUCGUUUAGAUUUCUAAAAACAAUUAACCAUAAAAAGUUAAUGGUCUCGAGAAGUCCAUAACGCCCAUUAGCAUGGGUUUAGCGACACAACACGGUCUCACGAUCGCAAAUCUGUAAGAAUUCGUAACAAACCACGUCCAUGUAUGAACAGGGUGAACUUUUUCAUCAGUAAAUAAAUCAUUUAACAUUAGUACAAAAAUUUAUUUUAUUUGUAAUAAUUUCUGCUCAUUUUUGUGACAUUCAGAAUAAAGCAGCAUGUUUGGUGCUUUAUGGUUUCAUUAUAACUCAGAAAUUGAAAGGAAUUCUUGAUAAUCGUGAAUUGAAAUGAAGUUAAUCAUUAUAAGAUUUUAUACAUUUCACAAGACAACUGAAAUUCUAAAGAAAUGCUUCACUUUACAACUUUUUAUGAAAUUGAGAAAUUUCUAAAUCCUCCUGCAAUUCUAUUGAUACAAUUUUUUUAGCUAGAAUUUUUUUGUUUUUAAAUGUGACCAAAAAUUAAAAUGGACCACUUUUGAACUGCAAUAACUAUUAAAAAGUCGAAGAUAAUACAAAAUUACAAACUUUCAAAUUCCUGUAAAAGUACAAAAUCCAAAUUUUGUUAGAAUUCUUACUAAUUUCUUUUCCGUGAGAUCGUGUGCGACAAUAGGAUAAAACGACAAGCUUCAGCCCAUUAAAACCAUUAAAAACCUCUUGUCAUGGAGGAACCUCUUACUUAUCCCAGACACUAGCUUCAGGAGGAGUUUUUAAAUGUUUUCAAUGUUAUCGUGUAGGUGAUUUAAUGAAAAAAAAAGAUAGCAAACGAACGCUCUUUGUCAUUCCAUAGACGUCUCUGAGGACUGCUUUGUGUAUCACUGUGACUGCCGUGUGUGUGUGCGUGCCGUAGAGAUGUAGAGUUUUAUCAAAUACUAUCUGUAGUGUAGUGUGUCGUGCAGCCAUUUUUAUCCUCGCUACAUAAUGAGAAAUGCGCGUGCCGUGCCUAUGGCGUCGCCGGUUUCCGAGCGAAUCGCCGUUCGAUACGAUUUUGUUUUUUGAGCACUGUGCAAUACUUCUACGUUCAUCCCCAUAGUGUUAAGUGGGAGAUGAUGCCCGAGAACGAUUUAGAAAAGAAAAAGAAUAUAAUUUACGACAUUAUCACGAUGUCAGUAGGACGCAGCACAUGUAGUAGGUGUGUGUAUAUAGUCUAAUCUAAACUCAACAUCAAAUAUGUUAAGGCUUCCUCCCUUAUUAUUUAACAGUUACUUUUUUUUCUAACACACAGAUCCAGCCAUCUAAAUAUCACAGAAUUUUGCUUCUAUUUAAGAAAUUAGGGUAUAAAUACAUAAAUAUAAAUAAAUAUAAAUAUAUAUAUAUAUAUAAAACCCCUGUCCCAACCAGAAAUCCAAAAUGUGUGUAUAUAUUUUUAUAUUUGCGUUCAUGAACAGCAUUAAAACCUGAAAAAUGUAUCGUUAUCUGUUUCAGUAUCGAUCGGUAUGAUUAUUGAUUUGGUUAUCGUCGUUUGAUGAUUCUUCUGGUUAUCGUUCCUUUUCAGUGCCCUUUUAUAUUUAAUAUCGAACUCAGAAUGUACAGUUCGGACUGUGUGUGUGUUUUAUUUUUUGGGACCAAGCAUAUAGUCGGCACUUUGAUUUGAUUUGUUUAUUUUAAUCAAUGUCGCAAUAAAUAUUGAUUCGAUCUCAUCGAGUUACGACACAGCUUAUUAAAUGCAUAUAAUCACCAUGUAAUUAAUUAUACAAUGUAACCUCAAUCCUUUAUAUUGUCGAUAUCUAAACAUGUAGAGGGGAACAAGUAGGUUUACGUUUAUAGAUAUAAAUAUAUAUAAAAAAAAGAAACCAGGUUUAUUUUCUCUUUCUGUUUGUUUCUGAAACAGCACGCUAAUUUCUACACGAUUAGACGAAUUAGAUGCAGUAACAGUAAGAGGCGGCAUUGCUGUUUGCACUGUAAAGUAAAAAGAAAUAAAAGCCAUUUUUAGCCCUGCAAAGCAAUGCUGACUUUUACUGCAGCCUACCAAAGCAUGCAACACACAUACACACACACACACACACACACACACACACACAACGGUCUCUUUAACAAAACUGUCGUCAGAAUUCUGACAAGCCGAUUAACGAGUGUUUGUUUUGGCGAGAGUCGUAGAGCUACAGGUCAUCAGCGUACAAUCACGUUAUUAACAAACACACCUAUAAAACCCAAAAUAGGCAGAUUUUAUAUGGCUAAAGGUAUUAUCAUUAAUAUCAUUACAAAUACAAAUUCAUAGACAUGUAUAGACAGCUCAUGUUUUAAAUUUGCUGCUUCAUUAGCAUGAAAUGUAACUAAAACCAUGCUAACUCUAUAUCGUUAUUACAAUCCUGAAUGUUUUUUCCAUCUUACGGUUAUAAAUUUACUGCAAUACAAAUGUACUGUACCUGCUGACUUAUCAAAUCAUAUAAACUAUAAAAUAAGGAUGCACACAUGUAGCUUUACAUCCCUCAAAUGAGAUUAUUAACCUUAUGUCUAGUCAAAUUUUACAAAACAAAAAUUCUGUUUUAUUGUCUGAUAAUUUGUCUGAUAAUAGCACAAUAAUUUUACUUACACUUUUAGUAACAUUUGACUAGAAUUAAGAUUAAUAAUUGUACAUGUUUUUGGAAACUUAUUUUAAGAAAUUAUAGAUAUAGAAUUAUAUUCUACAAUAGAAUUAGAGAAUAAUUCACUUGCUUAGAUAUAAUUUUUUAGUAUAAAAAAAUGUAAUGGAAAUGCAAACAAAUUUUAAAUCUGGCUCAAAUAUCAUGUCAAUAAGGAAAAUUCGUUUAAAAAAAUUGCAGGAGAAAAGGCAUUACAUGCUCUAACACUUGUAAUGACUGUGAAUAUUUUAUCUUUAAAAAGUAGCAGUUAAAUUUUUUUUCAAAAGUAAAAUAUUUAAUAGUAAAAGUGAAUAUAAUUUGCAGAUUUUCCGGAUUAAAAAACAAAAAGAAAAUUACAUUGUUUAAAAAAAAUUAUCUAAAAGAAAAUUAUUUAGAGUGUCAAAUUUUAAAGGAAAUAACAUCAGAAAUUGCAACUCAGACUGUUAAUUGUUCUUAAAAGUUUUAUUGAAAUGUCAGAAUGUUCAAAUCUUAGAUUUCAGAAUUUUUUCAACAAUUCAAAUUGUGUUACGGUUACACAAAUGUAAAUUCGAAUGCUUUAUGAGUCUGAGAAAACGAUCAUUAGACAUGUUCGCAAUUUCCCCAAGACUAGCUACAGUGACAAACUGCAAAUUAAAAAAAUUGGGGCGGAGUUAAGGGUUAAAUAUCUUUCAAUCCACUUGUCAGAAUUCUUUUGAUGUUCUCGCGAGAUCACGCUGAUGAAACUCUAACGUUGCUCCACUCGUUUGCUCGUUGAGAAAAAGCCACACUCUGGAGGAGAACCUUGUAUAGAAAUUAGAAUCUGAUGCUGUAGAAAGAUCCCAGUUGCCUUUGUGUAUAUCGACUGCCUGCUUUUGUGUGUGGAAAUUUUCUCUGUAAUCUUGUAGAGUGUUUUUGCCUCUAACCUUUUUAUCUCUCUCUCUCACUCUCUCUCUCUCUCUCUGUUUCUCUCUCUUCCCUGCCAUAAAUCUGGGUUAUACGGUUCUAUUGCGUGUGUAAACCUUCAUUUUUCGACGAGGUGUUUUACGAUUGCGUUCGACUUUGUGUAGUGAUUCACUCUGUGAAGUUUCUGACUGUUGUUAUAUAACUUCAUAUACACAAAAUGUUCAAUAAAAAUGUUUUAUUUCCUGUUGAUACAGAACA